AUGGAUGGAUGGAUCGGAGGAAGCACGGGAAAGCGUGCGCUGAGCGCGAGCGCGGGAAGUGCGCGGAAGGUGCGGAAGGUCGCGGGAAAGUCGUGCCCACCUGUGGAUAGGGAUGAGGUCGAUGUAGAAAUCAGGGAAUACGAGCCUUCUUUGGUGUUGCAGUGGGAUGCCAGAUUCUCUCUCGCAUCAAUGUUGGCCCGCUCGCACACCAUCUGGCGUCUUGCAGAUCGCUGCACUAAUCUGUAUUGCAUGUAUAAUCCUUCUAACAAUGUCGGCACAUCUCUGCUCCCUCCUGAUCCCAUGCUGUUUGAUCUCAUCAGUGUUCAGCUGCAAGAACAGCGCAUCGACAAGCACUAUCCACGAUAUACAGGUCAUGGUGUCGGGCUUCUGUAUGCCACAAGUGCCUCGUCGCCUUACCUUGUCUCAGUACCCUUUCUUGAUGGGGUCAAUCGCUUCACCCACAUAUCCCAACUCGAGGUGUCUCACUGGGUUGAUCGUCUCAUCGAUGAUCGCUUUAUUGUAUCAACUUCAAAGCUUCGUAAAACUUACAAAGUCACAUCGGACGCCAGCGCCGAGGACACAGCAUACAGCUAUACUUUCUAUCGCGAAAGCCCCUCGUCGUUCGCGCCUCCAAAUUUGCUGGUGCGAGAGAUGUUGGAUAUCGUUGAUGCAGCUGAUGAUGUGCAAGGCAAUAUCUUAGUUGUGAAGCACGUGAAAGGCAACAAGCACAUUGUUGUCGAUGUGACCCGUGGUGACAUCGCCCUCGUAGACUCUAUUAUCAGAAGCUAUCCACGAGAAUUUACACCUCGAAUUAUGAUGAUUACUCUCCCAUUUGACAUUCAUAAAGUCAUCUCGGUGUCCUCAUUACCACUGACAAUGGACCUCUUUGCCGGAGACUGUCCUGCAAGUUCUUCUGAAGCCCUUCUCUUGCCCUUUAGAUCUAAGAUGGCGGGCUUCAAGCCGGUGAUGCAGACCCUUGCAGGCUGA